AUGGCUUUGAGUGGAAACUGCAGGACUUACCUCCCUCCUAGAGAACAAGGGGCUGGUCUACAUGCCUUCCCAGAGGUGGUGGAGCUAAACGUAGGUGGUCAAGUAUACUUCACUCGCCAUUCCACCUUGGUGGGCAUCCCCCACUCCUUGCUGUGGAAAAUGUUCACCCCCAAGAGAGAGACAGCCAGUGAUCUAGCUAAGGACUCCAAGGGAAGGUUCUUCAUUGAUAGAGAUGGUUUCCUCUUCCGCUACAUUCUGGACUAUCUCAGGGACAAGCAAGUGGUCCUGCCUGAUCACUUCCCAGAAAAGGGAAGACUCAAAAGGGAAGCUGAAUAUUUUCAGCUCCCAGACUUGGUCAAACUCCUAACUCCUGAUGAUGUCAAGCAAAGCCCCGAUGACUAUUGCCACAGCGACUACGAGGAGGUCUCCCAAGGCAGUGACACAAGAAUAUGCCCCCCAUCAUCACUCUUACCUUCAGAUCGAAAAUGGGGUUUCAUUACUAUUGGGUACAGGGGGUCGUGCACCAUGGGCAGAGAGAGCCAAGCUGAUGCCAAGUUCAGGAGAGUCCCGAGGAUUUUGGUUUGUGGAAGGAUUGCUCUAGUCAAAGAGGUCUUUGGAGAAAGUUUGAAUGAGAGUAGAGACCCAGAUAGGGCACCGGAAAGAUACACCUCCAGGUUCUAUCUCAAGUUCAAGCACCUGGAGAGGGCUUUUGACAUGUUGUCAGAAUGUGGAUUCCACAUGGUGGCCUGCAAUUCCUCAGUGACGGCUUCUUUUGUCAAUCAGUACACAGAUGAUAAAGUCUGGUCCAGCUACACUGAAUAUGUCUUCUACCGUGAGCCUUCAAGGUGGUCUUCAUCCCAUUGUGACUGCUGCUGCAAAAAUGGCAAAGGAGAUAAAGAGGGGGAAAGUGGCACAUCUUGCAAUGAACUAUCCACUUCCAGCUGUGACAGCCAAUCAGAAGCCAGCUCCCCACAAGAGACUGUCAUCUGUGGCCCGGUCACCCGCCAGCCCAACAUACAGACUCUAGAUCGGCCAAUCAAGAAGGGCCCAGUACAGCUACUUCAGCAGUCUGAAAUCCGAAGAAAAAGUGACCUGCUCCGAACUCUAACGUCUGGCUCCAGGGAAUCCAACUCUAGCAAAAAAAAAGCAGUGAAAGAAAAGCUCUCUAUUGAGGAAGAGUUAGAAAAAUGCAUCCAGGAUUUCCUUAAAAUCAAAAUCCCAGACAGGUUUCCAGAAAGGAAACACCCCUGGCAAUCCGAACUGCUACGAAAGUAUCAUCUAUAA